UGGGGAGAGGGUGGUGAGGGAGACCCUCCUCGGGUAACACCCCCGCCCCCAGCCCCGGUCCCGCUGUAGCGCGGGGAGCAGGUUCGGGUGUCCCCGGGAGGGCCAGGCCGCUCCGGCAGCACCGGGUGGCUCUGGGGAUGCCCCAGGCCUGGCCUAGGGGAGGUCCGGGCCUGCUCCAGGGAGACUCCAGGCCUGGCCUAGGGGAGGUCCGGGCCUGCUCCAGGGAGACCCCAGGGAGCCCUAGAGAGGCCCCAGUUCCGUUCCAGGGAGACCUCAGGGACACCCCGGGUCUGCUCCACGGAGACCCCAGGAAGACCCUGGGUCUGCUCCAGGAGCCUCAGUGAGACCCCAGGGAGGUCCUGUGCCAGCCUCAGGGAGCCCCUAGGGAGGCCCCAGGUCUGCUCCAGGGCAGACCUCAGGGAGACCCUGGGUCAGCUCCAGCCUUGCGCAAUGGAUGCCCUGCACAUCGCUGGCAUCCGCUUUGCAGAGGUGCUGCAGUCCGGGCCACCCUGGCUGGAAAAGUUCUGGAUCUCGGUGACCUCCCUGGCUGAUCCCAAAUGCAUCUUCACUGUCUGUUUUCCUCUCACCUAUUUUCUCGACCGCAAGGUGGGGGUGUCGGUGUUGUGGACUGGUCUGGUGUCAGAGUGGCUCAACGUGGUUCUUAAAUGGUUAUUAUUUGGGGAGCGCCCAUUCUGGUGGGUCCAUGAGUCAGGGUUCGCCAGCAAGGAGCUGGUCACACUGCGCCAGUUCCCUGUCUCCUGCGAAACGGGUCCGGGGAGCCCCUCCGGCCACUGCAUGAUCACGGGGGCAGCCCUCUGGCCCCUUGUCACCGCCCUGACAACGCUGGCAUCCAGAAACUGCAGGAGCCUGGUGGUGAAGCUGAUCCCCUUCUGCACCUACAUCCUGCUCCUGCUGGCCGUGGGGCUCUCACGGGUCUUCAUCCUGGCCCACUUCCCCCAUCAGGUGGUCGGCGGCAUCCUGGCAGGGGCAGCCCUGGGCUGGGGGCUGCAGUCUCGCACCCCGGCCACACGCACUCUGCGGUUUUUUGUCGCCACCGCGUUGGCCCUGAUGCUCAGCUGCUUCGCCCUGCACAGCCUGGUGAUCGCCGCCGGCAUCGACAUCGACUGGUCCAUCCGCCUGGCCACCAAAUGGUGCUCCGACCCCGCCUGGCUCUGCCUCGACACCCGGCCCUUCGCCUCCGUCUGCCGCGACGCCGGCAGCGCCCUGGGGUUGGGGCUGGCCGUCGGCUUCCCCCUGCACCGGGGGGAGCGGUUGGACCCCCGGCAGCGCGUGGCCGGCGCCGUGCUGGCCUUGGGGGCCGUGCAGGGCCUGCACCGGCUGCUGCAGCCGGCGGACGUGGCCCUGUGGUACGGCACCAGCUUCCUCAAGUACGCCACCGCGCCCUGGCUGGUGGCAUCUCUCCUGCCCCAGCUCAUCCUCUCCCUCACUCGUCCACGGGGCUCCCCCCACGCCGAGUAGGGGUCCCCGCUGUAGGGUUCCCCACCAUACCCCGGUGAGCCCUGUGCCCCCCCCUCCUGGCUUUGCCCUUGGCUGUGCCCAUCGUCCGUGGCCCCUGGCCUAAGCACAGCCCCUGGCUCCACACCGGGAGGGCACCCACCGUCCCCCCUCCCUGGGACCAGAGGCCAGUUGUGUGACCCUCGCUGCGCUUAGGGCGCCGCUCCCCCCCGGAGGAGCAGGGACCCCCCGCAGCAUGGGGCAGAGCUGGGGGUGCCCCUGUGCCCAGCAGGUCUGGGGACGCAGCACAGGGACAGCCCCAGCCUUGGGGUCACCCACAAACGUCACCACCUUCCGCUCCCCACCCCCCCACCGCCACCUUGCUCCCCAGCCUCCUUCCAGCUGCCCCAGUUCUCCCAGUUCAAGUUCCCCAUGGGGUAGGGAGGGGAAGGGGCUGGGAUCCCCAGCGCGCCGCGGUCGCCAGAGGGGCCACCGUGUUUCUAACCAAAUAAAGGCAUGGUUACCA